AGUAGCUCGAGUAGCACUACAGGGGGAUCGGGGGCUUCAGGAGGAUCUGCAGCCAACACACUCAUUAAAAAACAACAACAACUCCUCUACAGACUUCUGCAGCACUCAACAAACAUCCUAUAACACGGGGGUUUACCGACAGGGGACUGGUUGCAGCGCGAUAACCCCGCUCCAGCUGUUGGGAGAUGGCCAGGCCGGAACAGGUCCUGCUCUUGGAGCCUCCGCACGAACUCAAAUUCAGAGGUCCGUUCUCAGACGUGGUCACCACAAAUCUCAAGCUCGCCAACCCUACAGACAGGAAUGUGUGUUUCAAGGUGAAGACGACAGCGCCGCGCCGGUACUGUGUGCGGCCAAACAGUGGAAUCAUCGAUGCAGGCACUUCAAUCAACGUCUCAGUUAUGCUUCAGCCUUUUGACUAUGACCCCAAUGAGAAGAGCAAACACAAGUUCAUGGUCCAGUCCAUGCUAGCACCCCCUGACAUGACGGACAUGGAGGGCGUGUGGAAGGAAGCUAAGCCUGAAGAGCUAAUGGACUCAAAGCUGAGGUGUGUUUUUGAGAUGCCAGCGGAGAACGAAAAGACGCAUGACAUGGAGUCCAACAAGAUGAUGUCGUCCAGCUUGCUGAAGUCAGAGUCCUCCGUGUUGCCUCCAAAGUCUAUGAGCUCCACCCUUGAUGACGGAGAGGUAAAGAAGAUCAUGGAGGAGUGUAAGAGGCUGCAGAUGGAGGCUCAGAGGCUACGGGAAGAAAACAAACAGAUCAGGGAGGACGACGGCUUGCGGAUGAGGAAGAGCAACGUGAUGUCAUCUCAGCACUCAUCAGUUGGCAUGAAAAGAGAGGAGGGGUUGAGCGCCCGCAUGAUGGCCCUCAUCGUGCUCUUCUUUGUCGUGGGCCUCAUCGUGGGCAAGUUGGUCUUGUAGAGCGCGGCCCAGUUCGGUUGUCGGUUGCAGCAUGCUUUUCGGGGGAUGAAAAACAAACACGGGGGAUCUGGGAUUUUGGAUCAGAAAUGCCAUAUCCGCUGGGUGGUAGAGGGUGGGGGUGGUACUAGUUUUGAUUCAGUCUCAUUUAUGUAAAAAAAUUCAAAGGUAAUGUAUGAGGGGAAAAAAAACAGAAAAAAUAUUCAUCAUCUUAUGAACAAACCUACUGUUACAGGUCUUGCCUCUACGUAAUCAUCACAUAAUCAUUCUGGCCCUCUUCCCAAAAGUUUCAUGUAUACAGAUGACUGUGGUUCUGUGGGGUGGGGGGUAAUGGAAACAUGAUUUAAUGCUAGUGAUUCAGACCAAUGGAUUUUUUAACACCGGCGAGAUAGUGUUGGUGCGAUUGAGUCAGUUUGCAAAUGUGCGAAUGUCAUUUUAGUGCAUUAUUAGUGUUGUUUCUUUUCUAAAUGACGGAGGCCAGAGCCUAUGUAUAUGUAUACGUAAUCCCCCCGCCCCCCGUCCUCCACCUCCACUGUACAGUAUAUCCAGGUGUUCCUUCCAGCUAAACCCCCUUUAAGGAAGGAAUGUACCAGAGAGAUGAUCCAGACAGUCGGGGUUACACACAGGGCUAUCAAACUGACUCUUCAAUCAGAGGCGUUGUAAAAAAAAUCUGCGUGUCUUUGAUUGUAGAACAACCUUGAUCAGUGUAUGAAACACUAGACCAUAGGUAUUUUCUUUCCAUGUGUCCUUUUUUUUCUUUUUUUUUUCUUUUCAUUUUACCUUAUUCCCAUCACCUGUCACUCAGUGCUCACCACAUCCCCAAGGUGUCAGAGGGGGAUGUUUGAUUGCAUGCGUUCACACAGUGUUGCAUUUGGACUUUUGAAUCUAAUUUAAUUGCUUUUAUAAUGGUGAUAAUAAUAAUGUCAUUUGGCUGUAGGUUGCACAACUACAUUUUCAGAUUUUCUCUCUCUCUCUUUCUCUCUCUCUCUUUUGUGUUUUAUUGCAUUUUUAUGAUUUUAAAGUAAAUUGUUGUUAGGGUUUAAAGCAUUUAAGAAUAUUGCAGCUAUCUGAAAUGAGCUCCAGAUUUCUAGGAUUUGAUCAUUUUUCUGUAAAUGUUCUCCAGAUGAAAGCCUUGCCUUGUGACCUGUUUGGGCAAGUUAUUCUCAGGCCAAGAUGGAGGUAGAUAUAGAUAUAGAUAUAUAUAUAAAAUUCAUUUGCAUAUACAUACACACACACACACACACACACACACACACACACAUAAAGCAUGCAUACAUACAGUGAAAAACCACAAAUGGACAGAAGGUGCAUGUAGAGGCAAACGGUUAUGUGUUUCCCAGACAACAUCGACAACCCCUAAGCUCCUGUUUCAGCGUCCUAACAAAGAGACCUUAGUCUUUUCCAGCUCUUUUUUGUUUUCUCAUAUUUUCCUACUGAGCCAUGCAUUUGUUGACAUUGUGUUUUGAUUGGGGCAAAUGUAUGUCAGAGAUCAACUGAGUGUUUUAAGCUGCAUGCUCCAGCUCUCUCCACUGCUGGUGAGCUUGCCUUUUUUUUCUUUUUGUUGUUUUUUUUCACUCCACUUCACUUGCAGGCCUGUGUUCAGUUUUGGUGUUUGUUCAGCAUUUAUCCACUGCUUAUUAAUGUUAUAUCCUCACUGCGUUUUAAAAGUUGUGUUCAUUUUUAAUACACUAAGGUUAAGAGUG